AUGGCACGCAGAUCACCUCCUCCUCCUCCUUCUCCUUCACCUGCACAGUCUGAUGUUUCUAAUUUGGUGAGAGUAAUGGAAUCUUUUGUGGUGGCGAUGCAACAGCAGAAUGCAUCGUUGAUACAACAAAACACAGUUGCAUUACAACAAUUGGAGGCUGCUAGGGUGUCAGCUGAGGCACACCAGAGGCAAUUUGUGGAACUAAUAAACGGUGGUGCAAGAGCUCCCGCUGACCCAUUCUAUAUUCCGCCCACUCCUAUUCAAGAGUGGAGUCUAGAGAAUUUUCUUCAACAUCAUCCAGCUAAAUUUUGUGGCAAUACCAGUGCCGACGAAGCAGACCAAUGGUUUAGAGAUAUGGAGAGAAUUUUCAAUGCCAAAAACUGCCCAGACGAUAAUAGAUUGGCUUAUACUGAAUAUUUGUUGUCAGGAGAAGCCAGUCAUUGGUGGACCAGUACGAGAACACUGUUGGAAAGGAGUGGUAAACCGAUCACUUGGAACUUAUUCCAGAAUAAGUUCUAUGCUGAGUACUUUCCGGACAGUGUAAGGUAUACCAAGGAAGUAGAAUUUCUCCAGUUAGUGCAAAGGGGAAUGACUGUGACAGAAUAUGCCGAUAAAUUUAAGCAUCUUAGUCGCUUCCAUACUCUGGAUAUGGAUGAAGAAUGGCAGUGUAGGAAGUUUGAAAAUGGACUGAGAGGAGAUAUCAAAUUGCUGGUCAAAGGUUUAUGUAUCAAGGAGUUUCCUACAUUGGUGGAGAGAGCUAAAGUGUUAGAAAAGACAAAGAAUGAAAUGCAAUUUCAGCAGAGACCACCCCAGAGGAUUGGUGGACCAUCUGGGUCCAAAUUCCGGCCUGGAGACAAGAGAAAGCCCUAUUCUAAACCUCCUUUCCAGGGGCUUAAAGGACCUUCAUUUCAUCAAUCUGGCCAAGCAGGACAACCUGGAGUGGUGAAGUGCUUUAAUUGUGGAGGACCACAUUAUAGGUCCGUUUGCCCUCAGUUAGUUGGUCAUAUGAAGUGUAAUGCCUGCGGGAAGGAGGGACACUUUGCCAGGAAUUGUCCCACAUCUGGAAGACCAAGGGUUCAGCAACCGACUAGUCAGUCUCAACAGACGGCAGAUGUCAAACCUCAAGCUGUGGGCAGAGUAUAUGCAAUGACCGGAGCAGAAGCAACUGGGCCAGUGUGUGAGAAAGUUGGGACUGACUGUGAGUGA